GAUGUUGAUGAUGUAGAUGAUGUUGAUGAUGUAGAUGAUGAAGUAUCUGUCCGGGACUCCAUGCAAGCAGCAGAGUGAGGAGGUGGUGACAUCGUUUCUGACGAAGAUGAUGUCCCAUCAGCUCGCAAAGGCAGAGAAACUUCAACUCCUAAACCAUCGACCAGCAUCAGCGGUGGAGAUACAGCUGAUGGUGGAGGAGAGUGAGGAGCGACUCAGUGAGGAGCAAGUCGAUCAGCUGCUCCGUGACGUCACCUCCACCCUGCCCCCCGACCCCGACGCCGAGGGGGAGGAGCCCCCUGGCGAGGGGGAGGAGCCCCUUGGCGAGGGGGAGGAGCCUGAUGUGGAAGAGGAGGGGCCGGAAUGAAGGGGGGGGGGGGCACGGAAUAAACUGGAGGGGCCUG